CUGUUCCCUCCACUGUAUUAACUGAACCUCUCCCUCUACGUAAUCCUACGUGAACUUCGGCAGGAGAAAGUUUUUGGGCGAAACGUAGCCCUGUCUGUGUGGAAUGGAUGUAUGUUAAUCGGCCUUUGGAAGAAAAUAACUUGACAUUUUGGCUUGAUAAAUGGAUUUUAACAAAGCUUUGUGGCGCUGUAGAAUUGUAUAGCCCAUUGAAGUGCAGAAGCGUUUGUUCCAACUCGUUUUUAAUUUGUGGCGUUCUGUUCUAUUUUUUCUCGGAUCAAAAGAGACAUUGGGGGAGAACCGUAUUUACCGGUGACAGUUUUCAAGGGAAAGGGAAAACAAGCGGAUUUUAUGCUAAAGAAAAGCAGACACUCCCCAGGAGAAAUGAGAGUGUAAUUUUGACCUUUGUGUAUGUUGAGCAAUACUUUUUAAGGCAUUUGUUAACCUCUUAAGCGUUACAAAUAAGAAGAACAUUGGAAAGUGUACUAGUUUUGUAAAGGGUCAUAGUUUCUGAUCAUUCACCAAAAACUUUGAAAGACAUUAUGGCGAAGAAGUACGACUUCCUUUUCAAAUUAUUACUCAUUGGAGAUAGUGGAGUGGGGAAAACAUGUCUGAUUAUUCGAUUUGCUGAGGACAACUUCAACUCAACCUACAUAUCAACUAUCGGCAUCGACUUUAAAGUAAAGACGAUAGACGUGGAGGGAAAGAAAGUCAAACUGCAAGUCUGGGACACAGCAGGGCAGGAGAGGUUUAAGACCAUCACUACAGCCUACUACAGAGGAGCUAUGGGCAUCAUCCUGGUGUAUGACAUCACAGAUGAGAAGUCCUACGAGAACAUUCAGAACUGGAUGAAGAGCAUCAAGGAGAAUGCAUCAGCGGGGGUCAGCCGGAUGUUGCUAGCUAACAAAUGUGACAUUGAGGCCAAGAGGAAGGUAUCCAAGGAAACGGGGGAAAAGCUGGCAAAGGAUCAUGGGAUCAGAUUCUUUGAGACCAGUGCAAAGGCCAGCAUCAAUGUUGAUGAGUCUUUUAUGGCUUUGGCUCGAGAUAUUCUACUGAAGUCCAGCAAGAAGCCGGGCCCCACAGGUCGCGAGGUCAAAAUCACCAACGCUGAGAAGAAAUCCUCCAAAUGUCUCCUACUGUAGAGGCAGAGCUGGCCUGUCCUGGCUGACUCUUCGUUACCUGAGGGAACUAUCACAUKUAGGAACAAUAUUAUUGCAAAGGAAAGGGUUUCAAAGGCGCAAUCCACAAGUUCUCUGUCCCCUGUGGCAACAAGAUCAAUUUCAAACACUAUUGACUUGAGAAAAAAUAUAAAUGUUUUCAUUUACUACCCCCUCCCCUUUAAAAAGUGCUGACUACACUUUUUUUUUUUUUUACCAGAAAGCGAAUUUAUGGAUUGCACUUUUAAUGACCAUGUAACUAUGUUGAGGUGGUCCAAGGGCAUUUUACASAGGAAUAUCCAGUGGUUUGUUUAAAGAAUAGGAUGAAUACCUUGAUUUCACCCAAAAAUGUUUUGUAUCAACUGUCUUCAAUCUCCUGCAAUGGCUUUGUUGUCAUGGUGACUGACUGAUUGACAGCCAMGGUAUGUUUACACUCCACCAGAGCCAUACAGAGUUAAGGAAAAUAUCUUCCAUGUUUGCUCCACAUGUUCCAUGAGACAACAUUCCAAAAUGGAUUCCUUCUACAAUGAUCUGUUGAARUAGAUUUUUUGGAACCAACAUGGUGGUCGCUCAAAUUCUAAAUCCCAAACUGAGUUUGCUGAACUCUGUAAUCCCAUGGCUCUGGACUUCACACUGUAGAGAAGUGGUGCACAGCUCCUUAAUGGAACAAGAGUCUGCUGUGUUUCAUCCUAUCUCUCUAUUUCAGAGGGAUCUUUUUCCUUGAUUAACCAGGAACAUUAACAAGUGACCUUUUCAGUGAAACUGCCAAUCACAUUCUUGCUUUUUGAUUGAACAGUUGAUGAAACAGUUGAUUGUCUCGAGAGUGUAAUCACUAGGUUUCUCAUAUCUAAAUUAGUUCCUGAUGGAGAGACAAGGUCAAAAACCAGCAGAUAUUACUGUAACAUUAAAGGUAACUACUACCAUAAUGGCGACCCUAGAGGACCUGAGUUUUACACCGCUGCCAUAGAAUCACUUUUCAGUGUCAUAGCCAAAGAAUUAGAAUUAGGACAACACGCAGACAUUCCUUUCCAUUUGUUUUAUUUCUAUGUUUAUAGCAGCUCAUAGCUGUUUAGGAGGAGCACAGGGGGCAUUCUAGAGAGUGACGGGAGUUUAGAUCUAUAUGCUGUAACUAUGGUGAUGGUACAUUAUGCUCUUAAAGGGAUAGUUCACCCUGAAUUGUAAUUUUGCCUGUGUUUUCCACWCUAGGUAAAGAUGAGUGAUCUGGGUUGUGCCUGUUGUAAACUAUUCUUCUACUACAUAAAGUGUGGUACAUGGAUGGACUGAGGAUGUGGAAGAGGGAGACAGAGAAGUGCAAUAUGAGAGGAGUGGAGUGAUGAGCCAAUGAGAUGGAUAGAUGAAGCAAGGGAACAAAAACAGAUGAGUAAAGCAAGUGUCAUAGAGACAGGGAUGGAAUGAUGCUGAUGAGAGUUGGACAUAGAGGGAUGAGAUGUUCUCUUUUUUGCUGAUAGACUUACUGACCCUUUCUGAUCUGAUAGACAAACUGACRUUUUAUCUGAUGCACCUGUUCAACAGCUUUYGGGAAAAGAACCACCCUUCCUUCCUCUUUCAGACAGACCAGGGCCCUGGUCCAAUGCACCCUGGAGGUAAUCACUGAUGUACUACUGGAUAGAUUUGCAAAUAUAUCUCUCCAUAUAUCAUAUACUGUACUGUGAUUGGACAAGACUUCCACCUCGAUACUCUCACCAAUCCAAACGUGUCAGAUCAGUGAUUACUCUGAAGGAAGAAAUGAUGUCGCUUCCCAUGCCAGACACUACAUAAUCAUUACUGUGCCAGCAAGCUUCUCUGUCUAUGGGUUCAUUUCAAUUCUCUAAAGUGUCUUCUGGGAAGAAGACGAGGGGAAGAAGCUACUCCAGACUAUUGAGAUGAUGCACCCUGUGUGUUUUUACUCUGAUAUCUCACCUUUCCUCUUUUCCUUCACACACAUUUUCACCCUWUCGACCAUUCCAUGUCUGAUCAAUUAUCUUAUGACCAAUGUAUACCAUUUGACARACGCGCUGCUUAGCCUAUUCAAUAAAAGACUGUCAAAAAGAA